CUGGAUGUUGUUGGAUGAAGAACCGAAACGAAGACGACGACGUCGCACGGAAAUAUCCUCCGGCAAUGGACGGCAUUGUCACUGAUGUUCCUGUGGGUGUAAAGAGAGGAUCAGACGAGCUGCUGUCUGGAAGUCUUUAUAAUAGUCCAAACUCUGGUAUAAGCAGUAACGUCUCUGCUAAUGGAAAUGACAGUAAAAAAUUAAGAGUGGAAGAAAGGAUGGACUGCCCUCCCUCCCGUGUCAUCCACAUCCGUAAAUUGCCCAAUGAAGUCUCCGAGACGGAAGUCAUUGCACUGGGCUUGCCUUUUGGGAAAGUUACAAAUAUCCUGACGCUAAAAGGAAAAAAUCAGGCCUUCUUGGAGCUUGGGACAGAGGAAGCAGCCAUGACAAUGGUCAACUACUACACAGCUGUGACACCUCAUGUUCGUAACGUUCCUGUUUUUAUUCAGUAUUCAAAUCACAAAGAGCUGAAGACUGACAAUGCAGGAAACCAGCGUGCACAGGCUGUCCUCCAGGCGGUCUCAGCGGUUCAGGCAGGUGGCACGCCCUCUACGGGGACGACUGCCAGUGAGAGCGCCUUGACCCCCGCACCCAGCCCAGUGCUCAGAAUAAUCAUUGACAACAUGUUCUAUCCCGUCACUCUGGAUGUCCUUCAACAGAUCUUCUCCAAAUUUGGAACUGUCAUGAAAAUCAUCACAUUUACAAAGAACAACCAGUUCCAAGCUUUACUGCAGUUCAAUGAUCCCGUGAAUGCCCAGCAAGCCAAACUGGCUCUAGAUGGUCAGAACAUCUAUAAUGCCUGCUGCACAUUGCGCAUCGACUUCUCCAAGCUGGUAAACCUCAAUGUCAAGUACAACAAUGACAAGAGUCGGGACUACACAAGACCAGAGCUCCCUGCUGGAGAUGGGCAGCCUGCCAUGGACCCCUCAGUGGCAGUAGCUUUCAACAAGGAUUCAUCAUCUUUACUUGGUACUCCAUCUGGAAUGGUAGCUCCCUAUUCUAGUGGUGGAGGGUUUCCAUCUUCUCUUGGCUUUGCACAGGGUGGAGGGGCUCUCAGCCCAUUGAGUGCAGCGGCAGCAGCAGCAGCUGCAGCUGGGAGGGUGGCACUGUCAGGGCAUUCAGGCACCAGUGGAGUACUCCUGGUCAGCAACCUCAACGAAGAGAUGGUUACGCCCCAAAGUCUGUUUACCCUCUUCGGCGUUUAUGGAGAUGCUCAACGUGUGAAGAUACUAUAUAAUAAGAAAGACAGUGCACUCAUACAAAUGGCUGAUGGAAAUCAAGCCCAACUGGCAAUGAGUCACCUUAAUGGCCAAAAGAUGUAUGGAAAGAUCAUCCGGGUCACGUUGUCGAAACAUCAAACAGUUCAGCUGCCAAGAGAAGGCCUUGAUGACCAAGGCCUUACAAAGGACUUUACUAACUCUCCCUUGCAUCGUUUCAAGAAACCUGGCUCCAAGAAUUUCCAGAACAUAUUUCCACCGUCUGCAACUCUUCACCUGUCAAACAUCCCACAAGACAUAACUGAAGAUGACCUUCGGGCCCUCUUCUCCAACUCCGGUGGCACUGUGAAAGCCUUCAAGUUUUUUCAGGAUCGCAAAAUGGCACUGCUGCAGAUGUCCACUGUUGAAGAGGCGAUUCAGGCCUUGAUUGACCUGCACAAUUACAAUAUGGGUGACAACCAUCACCUGCGGGUCUCCUUCUCCAAGUCAACCAUCUGAACACACUGACGGGGAAGGAUUCGUUUCUUUGUGGUCUCAGGAGGCCAUGCCUGUUGGCUCUUUCCAAAUAUGGGACCACAGUUUUGAGAUUUUUGGUUUUAUCAGUCAUUCCUUAAGAGAACAUGGAUAGUGAAGUAAAACUGAUCUUGUGUGAAAAGAUUAUGCUAUUACCCCUUUACCAUAAUUCUUUCCCUUCUCUUUUCUUUUAACUUUUUUCCACUGCUUCCUCUUCCUUUCUUAUUAUAAUUGACAAGUUAUGUGCCUUACUUGACAAAAUGUUAUCAACAGUUUUGCAUCUGUUUAUUUACAUAAAUGACUGAAGUUGGCAGAUAAGGCAUGUUUCUUUUUGGUGGUUAAGUGAAAUUGUAAUUUUUUUCCUUCCCUCUUACUCCCUUGUGUAUCUCUGAAAUUCUGCCUCAAGUUUAUUCCUUAAAAAACAAUUUAAUAUGAGUGAGGCUAUAUUUUUUGAUCUAUUUAUCUUGGUUGUUAUGGAAUGAGUAUUGGCAGAAGAUCUGAGAUGAGUUUUGAGUUCUCCAAACAUGGAAACUUUAAUUUUUAUGAUGAUUAGUCAUCCUGACAACCAACGAUAAAGCUUUAAUGAUUGUUUAAUUUAUGAACGUUUUAAUAAUUUUUUUCCUUCUUUUACACAUCACCUGCUGUUAGUGUAUUUGUACACGUGUUGCUUGUGACUGAAUAUACUUUAAGUAUUCUUGAACCUUCCUCUUGUGCAUUUAUACUGCCAUUUACUUUGUAUUUGGUUAUUUAAAAUGGAUGUGGUUUUUCCGAGCAUGUACUGACUGGUCUAGUUAGCCCUGGGUCAAACUGGUGUUGCAUGCACUGUAAAAAGCUGACCGAAGUGAGUCUACAGGAGCGCCAUCACAUGCCGGAUUUCUGAAGACAGCAACCCGGUGGGACCAAAGUUUAUGUGCCUUUAGUCUUAAUUUACAUUGCAUUGCAAAAAAUCAGUUGUAUUGAACUUUUUGAAAUAUUUUGUAUUUCAUAAAGACAACAUUUAUAGCAAAAAUGACUUGAUCAAUACAGAAUUACAUAAGGCUGUUGUACCAUGACCUCACCUGUACAUCCCGGGUUUCAAGAAUGGUUACAUUCUUGGAACAGUGGUCAAACUUAGACCACCCUCACUCCUCACUCUUGCUGAUGGAUGUACCUAAAAUAUGGGGGGAAAAAAGAUCCUGUGUCAAAAGUCAUGUAUAUUUUCUGUAUUAGUUGGGUUUUUACAUCUUUACAAAUGUAAAAUUUAGUAGUUUGAAAUUGGCACGAUUAAAAGUUGAUUUUCUAACAAGUUGAGAACUUUGACAGUCCUUUGAUUUCUCUGUCUGUGUACUCUGUUUUACUUCUGUA